GAGCGAGAGAGAAAGGGGCAGAAAUGGCGGCUCCGCUUGGCUCCCGCUGAGGAGGGUGAAGCCGGUGGAGGAUCUGAGCUGUCGGCCUGGAGCAUCGCUCCCGCUUCCCGCUUUCUGCCUUCUCACGCCUACUUCUCUUCCUCUGCCCUACUCUCGCCUGUCCUCGUCUACGCUCCGCAGAGUGCGGGUCGGCUCGUCUCUCCCGGCCCGGCUCCACUGGCCCUGAUUGCCCGGCCGGCGGGCCGGCCUUCCUUGGCUCUCCCGGGCGCGGCGGGCGCGGUGUGGACCCCGUCCUCCUGGCUGGACCAUGGUGAACACCCGGAAGAGCUCUCUGCGUCUUCUCGGGUCGAAGUCGCCUGGGCCCGGGCCUGGGCCUGGGGCCGGAGCAGAGCCUGGGGCGACCGGAGGCAGCAGCCAUUUCAUCUCCUCUCGGACCCGCUCCUCCAAGACCCGCGCUGCCAGCUGCCCCGGCGCCAAGGCCGGGGGAAGCGGUGGCGCCGGCGUCGCUCUGGAAGAGGCCCGGAAAGCUGAAGUUGAUGGUAGUUUAAGUGAUAGCCAUGUGUCUCCUCCAGCCAAACGCACUUUGAAACAACCUGAUUCUGUUUGCAAAGACAAAUCAAAAUCACGAAGUACUGGUCAGCGAGAGGAAUGGAACAUACCAACUGGACAGGCCAGGUUAACUUCUCAGCCUGGUGCUACAUUACCAAACGGACAUAGUAGCUUAUCCCUUCGAAGCCAUCCCCUUCGAGGGGAAAAGAAGGGAGAUGCGGACCUUUCUUGUAUAAAUGGUGACAUGGAAGUCAGAAAAAGUUGUCGUUCCAGGAAAAACAGAUUUGAAAGCGUGAACCAGAGUUUGUUAUUUGAUCAACUAGUAAAUAGUACUGCUGAAGCUGUACUACAGGAAAUGGACAACAUUAACAUCAGACGGAAUCGUCGGUCAGGAGAAGUAGAACGACUUAGAAUGUGGACUGAUACAGAAUUUGAAAACAUGGAUAUGUAUUCAAGAGUGAAAAGGCGAAGAAAAUCACUGAGAAGAAAUAGUUAUGGGAUACAGAAUCAUCAUGAGGUCUCCACUGAGGGUGAAGAAGAAGAAUCUCAAGAGGAGGAUGGAGAUAUAGAAGUUGAAGAGGCAGAAGGAGAAGAAAAUGAUAGACCAUAUAAUUUGAGACAAAGGAAAACAGUGGAUCGAUACCAAGCACCUCCAAUAGUACCGGCUCAUCAAAAAAAGAGGGAAAACACACUGUUUGAUAUUCACAGAUCUCCAGCAAGAAGAAGCCAUAUCAGGAGAAAGAAGCAUGCCAUUCAUAGUAGUGACACAACUUCUUCUGAUGAAGAACGCUUUGAAAGGAGGAAAUCAAAAAGCAUGGCAAGAGCAAGAAAUAGGUGUUUGCCUAUGAACUUCAGAGCAGAAGAUUUAGCUAGUGGUAUUCUCCGAGAACGUGUCAAAGUGGGUGCAAGCUUGGCUGAUGUUGAUCCAAUGAACAUUGAUAAAUCAGUGCGGUUUGAUAGCAUAGGUGGAUUGAGCCAUCAUAUUCAUGCACUAAAGGAAAUGGUAGUAUUCCCACUUCUAUAUCCAGAAAUUUUUGAAAAAUUUAAGAUCCAGCCUCCAAGGGGCUGUUUGUUUUAUGGCCCUCCUGGAACAGGUAAAACCUUGGUUGCCAGAGCACUAGCUAAUGAGUGCAGUCAAGGAGACAAAAAGGUCGCUUUUUUUAUGCGAAAAGGAGCAGACUGUCUGAGCAAGUGGGUUGGUGAAUCUGAACGGCAACUUCGGCUUCUUUUUGAUCAGGCAUAUUUGAUGAGACCUUCCAUAAUAUUUUUUGACGAAAUAGAUGGAUUGGCUCCAGUUCGAUCCAGCAGACAAGAUCAGAUCCACAGCUCUAUAGUGUCAACCCUCCUUGCUCUAAUGGAUGGAUUAGAUAAUAGGGGUGAAAUUGUUGUUAUUGGUGCUACAAACAGACUUGACUCUAUAGAUCCUGCUCUUAGGAGACCGGGUCGUUUUGACAGAGAAUUCCUUUUCAACCUGCCUGAUCAAAAGGCAAGAAAACACAUUUUACAAAUCCAUACCAGAGAUUGGAACCCAAAAUUGUCAGAUGCUUUUUUAGGUGAACUGGCUGAAAAAUGUGUUGGCUAUUGUGGAGCUGAUAUCAAGGCCCUGUGCACUGAAGCUGCCCUGAUUGCCCUGCGGAGGCGUUACCCCCAGAUCUAUGCUAGCAGUCAUAAACUGCAGCUAGAUGUUUCCUCAAUAGUGCUCAAUGCCCAAGAUUUUUACCAUGCAAUGCAGAAUAUUGUGCCUGCUUCUCAGCGUGCUGUCAUGUCUUCGGGACAUGCACUAUCCCCCAUCAUAAAACCGCUGCUGGAAAGAAGCUUCAACAACAUCCUAGCAGUCUUGCAAAAAGUGUUUCCUCAUGCUGAAAUUAGCCAGAGUGACAAGAAAGAAGAUAUAGAAACUCUGAUUUUAGAUGAUAGUGAAGAUGAGAAUGCUUUAUCAAUUUUUGAGACCAGUUGUCACUCAGGAUCACCAAAGAAACAGUCAUCAGCUGCUGCUGUACAUAAACCCUACCUUCAUUUUACAAUGUCACCAUAUCAUCAGCCAACCUCUUACAGGCCAAGAUUAUUGCUGUCUGGAGAACGGGGCUCAGGUCAAACUUCUCACCUUGCUCCAGCACUUUUGCACACUCUAGAAAAGUUCUCUGUGCACAGACUAGAUCUCCCAGCACUUUAUUCAGUUAGUGCCAAAACACCCGAAGAAUCAUGUGCACAGAUUUUUCGUGAAGCUCGAAGAACAGUACCUAGUAUUGUUUACAUGCCUCACAUUGGUGAUUGGUGGGAAGCUGUCAGUGAAACUGUGAGAGCUACUUUUCUGACAUUGCUACAAGAUAUACCAUCAUUUUCACCUAUAUUUUUAUUGUCUACCUCUGAAACCAUGUACAGUGAACUCCCUGAAGAGGUUAAAUGUAUCUUUAGAAUACAGUAUGAAGAGGUCUUGUAUAUUCAAAGGCCUAUUGAAGAAGACAGAAGAAAAUUUUUCCAAGAAUUGAUUCUCAAUCAGGCAUCAAUGGCUCCACCACGGAGGAAACACACUGGUCUUUGUGCUAUGGAAGUGCUUCCCCUUGCACUACCUUCUCCACCUCGUCAGUUAUCAGAAUCAGAAAAAAACCGGAUGGAGGACCAGGAGGAAAAUACUUUAAGAGAGUUGCGGUUGUUUCUCAGGGAUGUAACCAAGAGGCUGGCCACAGAUAAACGCUUUAACAUCUUCAGCAAACCGGUGGAUAUUGAAGAGGUUUCAGAUUAUCUUGAAGUAAUCAAGGAACCAAUGGAUUUAUCAACAGUAAUAACUAAAAUUGAUAAACAUAAUUACCUGACUGCUAAGGAUUUUCUGAAAGAUAUUGACCUCAUCUGUAGCAAUGCUCUAGAGUACAAUCCAGAUAAGGACCCAGGAGAUAAAAUAAUUAGGCACAGGGCUUGUACCCUGAAGGAUACUGCACAUGCCAUCAUUGCAGCGGAAUUGGAUCCAGAAUUUAAUAAACUCUGUGAAGAAAUUAAGGAAGCAAGAAUAAAAAGAGGCUUAUCAGUAACAGCAGAACAAAUAAAUCCUCAUGGCACUGGAGCUCGGAAGACUGAAACUAGAGUUGAAGAGGCAUUUCGGCACAAACAAAGAAAUCCAUUGGAUGUCUGGCACAACUCUGCAAAUAAAUGUGCAUUUCGAGUUCGAAGAAAAUCGAGGCGGCGAUCACAGUGGGGUAAAGGAAUUAUUAAGAAAAGGAAAGUCAAUAAUUUAAAAAAAGAUGAAGAGGACACUAAAUUUGCAGACUACGAGAACCAUACAGAAGACAGGAAAUUGCUAGAGAAUGGAGAGUUUGAGGUAAGCACUGACUGCCAUGAAGAAAAUGGCGAAGAGACUGGAGAUCUCUCUAUGACCAAUGACGAAUCAUCAUGUGACAUCAUGGACAUGGACCAAGGGCAGAGGCUUAACAAUGGAGCGGGCACGAAGGAGAACUUUGCAUCUACUGAAGAGGAAAGUUCCAAUGAGUCUCUGCUCGUCAACAGCAGCGGUUCUCUAAAUCCAGAACAAGCAUCUAGGAAAGAGCCUUUCCUUAAAGGAAGCUGUCUAAAUGGUGAGGCCUCCACUGACAGUUUUGAAGGAAUACCAGUUCUGGAGUGUCAGAAUGGCAAAGCUGAAGUAGUCUCUUUCUGUGGUAGUGGUGACAAAUGUAGUUCUGAACAAAAGAUUGUCCCAGAGGACCAGUCAAAAGAAAAACCAGAAUCUUCGAAUGAACAUCAUGGAGAUGAUCCUGAGAAACUAGACGCCCUGGAAUGUAGCAGUAAUGAGAAGUUAGAACCCAGCCCCGAAGUGGAGGUUAAAGAUGCAGAAUUGGAUAAAGAAGGUGCUUCUAAAGUAAAGAAAUACCGUAAGUUAAUUUUAGACCAGGCAAAAACAACAAGCCUGGAACUGGUUCCAGAAGAGCCAUCUGAGCCUGUGCCGCCUCUUAUAGUUGAUCAUGAGAGAUUGAAGAAAUUGCUUGAUUUAUUGGUAGAUAAAAGCAACAAUCUUGCAGUUGAUCAACUUGAGAGAUUAUAUUCUCUUCUUAGUCAGUGCAUCUAUCGUCAUCGUAAAGAUUAUGACAAAUCACAACUUAUAGAGGAGAUGGAAAGAACAGUUCAUAUGUUUGAGACAUUCCUAUGAACUUUUCAAGAUGAGUGGUUUAUCCUCUCCCAUCUGCUCCUGACAGAGCAGUCUUCUGAGCCAUUCAAUUUCAAAUUGCACCAAUUAUGUGCAGAGCCUUGGUGUAAAGUGCUCUCUCACUCAUUCUUUCUCUCUGUUGAAUUUGGUGCUAUUGUCUCAGGUACCUGAAACCAACCAGCCUACAAGAACCAAACAGAACUUCAGAAACAUGUUGUAUUUUCCACAAAUAAAAAAUACAACCCCA